AUGGUCGAAACACAAUUUCGUACAAUUACGAUCACUGAUAUUAGUGAAACAAGUUUGGAUGAAAUCGAUCCCAAAGAUGACAAAUUUCUGCCAUGUCCAUGUUCAAACACCUCGAUAGUUUAUAAAAAAUUUGUUUCCCAUCACAUAACAUAUCAUCCUGUCUGUCUGAGCUACUUCAUCACUCAACAAUGGAUCAAAGCUCUAAAUUCACCAAAUGCCAGUCGAUAUAUACCAGGAGAUUUUCGAAUGAUAGCUCAUUCUCAGUUUCAACUUUUGGCUGAUUUUUGUUCUCGCAUUAAAGAGAUGAUCUCCCAGGCUGAAGCUGAAAUUGGUAAUUAUGAAUUAAUUACUGUUGAUCUUCUUUCUAAAAAACAACUUGAAUCAAAAGUGAACACUACUGUCGAAUCAGUUCGGAAUAGUACAUCGAUUCGAUUGAUGUCAUAUGUUGAUUAUAUUAAUACUACUACUCAAUCAAACAAUUACAUUUCUGCCCUCAAUACAAAUACAAAGAUUAUAACUGAACUUCAUCCAAUGAAAAAGUACAUUGCUAAGAAAUAUGCGUCAUAUUACGUUCUAAAACAGUCUAUACACGGAGCUCCGUGUGGAGGCCCAGAUGUAUUUAUGGAGGCUGUUUUUUAUGCAACACAAAGUCCUGCAGAUUUGAAGCGAACAUUAGUAACAGCAUAUGAUCUACCCUCUAAUAAACCUAUUAUUGGAUUUUCUGCAGCAUGUACACCUUUUGAAGGUUUUCUUCGGAGUACACUCGAUUGUCUAUCUGAUGAAGAAUGUAUUCAAUUAUUAAUCGAAUAUAUUCCAUCUAUUACCCAAACAAAUUUCAAUUCGACUAAUUCAAUUCUUUCUUCAACACAGCAAAAUCUUUCUUUAUAUGAUCAUUUAGAAGAUCUUUUCAUUGAUCAUUGGUCAAUAGAUACCAAUUAUUCAGAAUAUUUUCGACAAUGUGCAGCAUUAUCCUGUUCAUACACAACAAAAGAUAAAAAAAAUAUUUAUUAUGCAUUGACUAUUCUUAUCAGUCUUUAUGGUGGAUUUACAACCAUACUUCGUUUCUUCAUACCAUAUUUUAUCAAUAUGAUGUUCAAUCUCAAAUCUCAAUCAACAAAUAACAAUAUGACUAUUAUUGUACGUUUACGUAAAUAUGGUAGAUCAUUACAACAGUUGAAUUUGUACAAAACCGCCGCCGAUCGAACAGCGAAUAGUAUAAAACAGCAACAGAUUAUGACACGUGUCUACAUCAUUCUUCUUAUCGGUUCAUUCAUGAUUCUUCUUCUUUUCCAUACAUUAAAUACUGAAAAUGUUACUAUAACUGAACGAAAUCCAUCAUUCGAUACUUAUAAUAAUUUAAAAGUCUUAUAUACGGAUACAUUAAAAUGUCCUUGUUCUGCAAUGACAAUUCCUUAUAGAGAAUUUCUUGAGUUAUCUCCGAUUAUGCAUCAAGUGUGUCAUAGUGACUUUGUCAGUGAACGUUGGAUAUCAAGUGUGUCGGUAUUCAGAGGUACACCUGGGGUCUAUGAUUGGUAUAAUCAUGCUCGAUCUCACUUUCAAUUAUUAUCUGAUCUUUGUCGACUGGCUAACAAAACAAUUGAUGAUACAGUAAAUCAAUUACUUCUACAACAGUUUGCCGUUUCCAAUGUGUUAAAUAAAACUAUUUUUGACGCACAAAUAAAUGAAGUAUUGAAUCAAUCUUUUCAGUCGGCAAUGACAUCUUUUCGUGUAAUUGUCAAAAUAACAAGUCUUUUUACUCAAGUUGAUCAACUUUAUAUGGGAUGGUCACAAAAUGGUGGUGGUUUCGAUGAUGCGAAUCUAUUCGUUGAUCAUUUGGAAAAUAAAACAAUCAAUAAAACAUCAUUAAACCUUACAUUCAAGUUAAUUGAAAUACAUGAUACGAAAUCAUCGUUAGUUAAUUGUAUUUGCGCAACAAAUCCUUAUUGUCAGCAUAUUUAUUAUUUGCGAAGGGAUAGGUUAUCAUCGGAAAUAUAUUUCAAUGAUCAUUAUUCGUUGAAUGCAUCAGGCUUCACAAGAAGAUGUUCUGACGUUGAUUCUCUUCUCUUCUCGACACUUGAAUGCUUUUACGUUGAUUCCGAUUGUUUAACGAUUUUAUUAAAAAAUAUCUACUCGCAUAGUCGAUUGCGCUAUAGUCCACUGUUUCAACCUCUUGUGUAUAAUUCAACAAUUAGUCAUUUUCCACCUAAUACAUUAAUAAAAUCAAUCGUUGAAGAAUUAAUGAUCGAAGAAUGGAAUCCAUCUCUUUUCUAUGAAAAAUUUUAUCAAUCAUGCGUACCGAAAUAUUGUACUUAUUUAAAACGAACUCGUACCAAAGAUACUCUUCAAAUAAUCAUAGCAUUAAUAUCGAUAAUCGGUGGCGUCUCUAUUUCAAUUCGGAUAAUCGCACUUUAUCUAGUGAAAACGAUAGUAUUUUUAAACGGACUUACCACGAAAAAUCAACGAAAACCAAAAGCAAAACCCAACGAUAAUGUUACAGUUCAUCGAAAUUGUUUCGAUCGAUUGGUAAUGAUCAUAAGAAGUCUAAGUACACUUUUGUAUACUCAAUUGAACAAUUUAAAAAUUUUUUCUCCACGAGAUUUUGAUAGUCGUAUUGAUCGAAUAACUGCCAAACGCCUUGGUCAAUGGUCAACUCGUUUAUACAUUAUUUUAUUCAUUACUGGUCUUGUGAUUCUCAGUCUUUAUACUAUUAUUCGACCAGAAUCUCAAACAAAAAUUUUUUAUGAACCAUCUUUUGCUCGUUAUAAUCAUUUAGUUGAAAAAUAUAGAAAUCAACUGAAAUGUUUCUGUUCAUCUAUUGCAUCAAAACACAAUGAAUUUGUUAUUCUUGAACCUCAAUUCCAUCAAAUUUGUUCAAGUCCAUUUGCUUCAGAUCAAUGGCGAAUAAAUAUAACAUCUGGUCUUGUUCGCGAUCUUUUACCUUAUCCACGAACAGAUUAUCGUCGUUUUUUUUCAGCUCAUUUGCAAUUUCUUCAUGGGCUUUGCGAUCUUUCUCUCGAAUUAAUCAAUAAUUCAGUUCAUCAAUUUCAUACUUCAUUCUUCAUCACUACUCAACUUUUAUCUAAAACUGAAUUCAAUCAACGUCUGGAUUCUUCAAUAGAACAAAUUCAAUCAAAUACUCCAAAAGCAUUUACUCAACUUCUAGUUUUAAUUCGUAAAAUAAAUCAUGCAGAUGCUGUCAUAUCGACAUAUGGAACGAAUUAUGAAUAUAUUAUUCCUUGGAAUACAAUAAAUGAAGUUUAUGCACCUACUCAAAGUAUAACUUAUGAUAAUUGUUCUUGUGAUUUAGAUUUAAAUUGUACAAGUCAAGCAAUGUUUCAUUCAAAAUCUGAAAGAAUUCCAAUUAAAGGUUUAAAAAUUGGAUGUACACCAAGUGAAUCGUUUCUUCAAUCAACUCUUGAAUGUUUUUAUGAUCAAUCAUGUCUUAAACUUAUUGAAGGAUAUAUUAAUACUACUCAUUCUUCUAUUCCUCUUUCGACAACCAUGAAUAAUUUCUCAACCAACAGAACAGUAUUACAAUUAGUCAGCAAUCUAUUCGUCGAAGAAUUCUUACCAGCAAUCGAUUAUUCAGUUUAUUUUGAACGUUGUAAACCAUCAUAUUGUUCAUAUACAUACAUUCAAAAGUUCAAUGUAUUGUAUGUUGUAACUCUUGUUAUUGCUCUUCAGGGUGGUUUAAGUAUUUUUCUCAAAUGGAUCUCUCCUAAUAUAAUACAAAUCACUCUGAACAUUUAUUAUUAUUAUCAAAAACAACGAAGAAGAAAUAUUAUUCAAUCUUCUUCUUCAUCUAAUGAGAUGAUAUCUACUAUGUCUGUUAACGCAUCUGUUGAGAAUACUCUUUCACAAUCAGAAUCGAUUCCAAGAAACGUAUCAAUUCGAUGUACUUUCAAACUGAUCAUCAUCAUUUGUAUAUUAAUGAUAUGUGUCAUAACAUCUCUUGUUUUAUUCUCUAUCUAUUUUCCUCGCCAAGGUAACGAUCAGAAACAUUCAAUAACCAAUGUUACAACAGAGACAAGCUCAUCACUACCUAUAAUCGAAUCAAUAUGUAAAAUGAAAUUUGAAAUGAUACCUACAAAUAUUAGUAAUACUCUACCAAUAUUACCUGUUAUCGCUGAUUUCAACAAUGAUCAUCAACUCGAUCUUGCAUUUUACUAUGUUCGGAAACAACAUUUGUACGUGCUACUUGGCACUGGUAGAGGAACUUUUCAGCAAGAGCUAUUUUUUCCUAUUGGAAACAUUAAUCCAUCGAUUCCAAUUGUUGCUGCUGAUUUCAACAAUGAUCAUCAAGUCGAUCUUAUAUUUGCUAAUUCUAAUAGAAAACGUAUAUAUAUUCUGUUUGGAUAUGGAAAUGGAUCUUUUCAACCAUUGGAGACCGUAUCACUUUUGAUGGAGCAAGCGCCUACUAGUAUCGCUGUGGCCGAUUUUAAUAAUGAUAAUUAUAUUGAUAUAGGUGUAUUACCUAGUUUUGAGUGGGAAACUACCUUUUUUUUUGGAAUAGGCAAUGGAACAUUUUCUCGACAUAUACAUCGGUCUCCAGGUCUGUCUUUACCUAACUUAAAAUUUAUUGAUACUGCUGAUUUGAAUCGUGAUGGCUUUGAAGAUAUUUUGGUCUGGGAUGAUGGACCGGAUUCUCGUAUUAGUCUACUUCUUGGAAGUGGCACAAAACUUAAUGGUAGAGUAAUGGUAGGAAUGAUUACCCAUAUGUUGAUGAGUGACAUUAUUGUUGCAGAUUUUAAUAAUGAUACUUUGCCAGACUUGGCUGUUUCAUGUAUACGUAGGCAGGAGCUUGGUUUGCUAUCUGGAUAUAAAAAUGGUUGUUGUCGCUUAGAUAAAAUAUUUAAAAUUGAAAAACCUAUGAAUCCAUUUAAAAUCGCAACUGCUGAUUUCAAUUGUGAUGGUUAUUUAGAUAUUGUUUUUAGCGAAUUUGAUCCAUUUCGAAUACAAAUACUUGUUGGAUCGAAAUAUGGCAAUUAUCAUUUAGAAGAAGUAUUUACAGAGCAAUUGAAUAGUACUUAUAUUUGGAUCGAUGUUGGUGAUUUUAACGGAGAUAAUUAUCCAGAUAUAAUUGCUUUAGAUCAAUCAUUUGGCUUUAUCUUCGUGCUAUUAAAUACUAACAAAUGUUGUUUACAUAAACAUUGA